AUGCUAGCCCGCAUCAUGCCUUGCCUUCCUAGCAUCUCGGCCUCACUCCUGCUGCUCAUUGGCCUGACGGCCAUUCGCACGCACGCAUGGCAGCCCAUGGGCACUGAGCCCGGCUGUCCUGCCUAUAGCACGCUCCUCCCGCGCAAUGCCGAAUAUCGCAAGCACUGCGAAGGACCCGAUUCCGACCCGCACUGGCCCUGUUUCACGCUCUGGUAUGGCGAUUUGGGCAGCGUCACCGCCAUCCUACCCGGCGGCGACACUGUCCCGGACGACCACUUUCUCCUCAAAGAUGGGAACAAGAUCGACUUUACGACUCGUGAUCCGAAACAGCCCUUCACGCUGAGCUGGCUGUUCGACGACGUCGAGCUAGCCUACGACAACUUUGACGCGGGCAGCGGGUGCUAUCGCAUCACCCUCCGACAUCAGAGCCACAGCCGUCGUCGCAUCUGGGUCUCGGACGAGCACGGUAAGGACAGAGACAUCGACACAGACCAUCAUGGCGAGACGAGCAAGACGCUCUGCGACAAGUGGGUGCAUGUGCACGUCAAGGAGGAUGGGGGGACCUAA